AUGAAUUUACCUUCUUGCUAAAGCGAAUUUACAAGACAAAAUACUGAGUCAAAAACAGAUGAUUAUGAUCGAUUUAAAGAAAAUAGCAUCUAGUUUUAAAUUUAGUAGUAUCUAAUAACCUCUCAAAAAUUUUAGAGUCAAGAUAAAAAUAAAUCUACUUUAACCUAAAAGAAGUAAAAUAUUCAAUAAGAACAUCUAGAUUUUUCAUGCUUUUAAGCUCUUUAUUCUCAAGCUUGCUCGAAAAACUAACUUAAAUUACCUAAAUUCAAAUUAGAUUUUGCUAAGAAAAGUUGCUUUGAAAAUAAGAUCUAUGACAAUUUUUACCAAAGUGAAGAUGUGAUGCAAGACUGUACUAAAUGUAAAAAGCUGCUAAAUAUGAGAUAUAUUCUAAAAGAGUUUUCAUAAUAUUAGCUGUUUCGAGCAAAUAAGAUAGAAAAGUAUAUGUUCUUGAGAAGAAAUCAAACUUAACUUUCAGAUCAUGAGGUAAAAGACUAAAAAAAAUCAGAGGAGACUGCAUAGUAACCAUAAAAAAGCUUAUAAAUUCAAUAAGUAGUGUAAAAUGUAUAAGAUAAUAUUGAAUAUUAGCAAAAUGGCUAGAAUAUUGCCAAGAAAGAUAUAAAAAAAAUACUUUAAAUGGAUAUAGAAGACUUCCAAAAGUAAAAAGAUCUGAGUUAAUAGCAAAAAGCUACUCAAAAUGAAAAUAAAAACUUAAAGAUAGAUUUCAAUUCUAUGCUUUAAAGCUAUAGUUAAUAAAAACUAGAUAAAGUAGAAUAGCUAAAUUAAAUAAAAGAUAAAAACUAAGAUUUGAAUUAAAACAUUUAAAAAUAGACUAAAAGCUAAUAGAUGGAAGUAGAAUUUUGUUCCAAAGAAGAAAAUUUAUUAAAAAAAAUACCUUAAAAAUAAAAAUAAGAAAUUAAUUAAAAUUAAAAAAUAUUUUAAAGCCUUGCUCUUUAGGUAUAUUUUAGCAGAUUUUACACAAACUAAAAUAAUUUCACUGAUUAAAUGGAAAUCGAAAGAGUUUCUAGCAAGUAAAAGAAAAAAAAUACUAAUAUUUUUGAGGAUUAUAAAGAGCUAAUUAUAAAUUUACUGAAAAAUACUUUCGAAUAAAAUUAAAAAUAGUGUAAUUCUAAGAAAGUUAAAUUCGAAUUAAUAUUUAGAUAAAACAAAAAAGAAGAUAAAUUGCAAUUAUUUGACUAACUCAAGGAUUAUCUAUUGAAAAACUAUUAAAGAAGGACAAAUUCUCUUUUCAAAAGUGAUUAAGACUAAAAUUUACAAACCGAAUCAAAUGACUAUUAAGAUUUAGAUUUUUCAAGAAAGCAAAGCUAAAAUAAAUUACCUCUUCUAUAAAGCAAGAUGGAUUUUUAUCAAGGAAAAAGUAAAGAUAUAAAUUUUGAAUGGCUUGAAGACUAAAGAUAUUAGCUAACGCUCUAAAACAAAGAUAAAAGCUAGUAUACAAAGAAAAGAGAUUUUGAUUAAUAAAACUCCAUAUGGUAAUAAUAGAAUACUCCUUCUGUUUCUCAGUCCAAAAAUUUAAAAUAAAGAAGUAUAGAUGACUUCUUCAAUAACACCUCUCGUGAUAAAAUUUCUUAAGAUAUAUAAGGUAGCAUUAAACAAUAUAAUAAUUCAAUCAUUUAAAAAGAAAAAAAGAAAGAUGCUGAAAAAUAUUUAUUCGAUUAGAAAAAUAAGAAUUCCUAAUAAGAAAAUGUGAAAAAUUUAAAAAUAAAAAAAGAUGAACAAAGUAAAGUUUUUGAAGAUUCUAUUAAUUAGCAGUAUAUUUUAGAGUCUUUUCAAAUAGAUGAAACUACAACGAAUAAAAAAUAGCUUGAAAACUAAGAUUUUUUUUAUGAUAGGCCAAUCUAUAAAGUAAGAGAUUAUAUUAUUGAUGAAAAUACUUUAAUCCAAAAAUAAAAUGAUUCAAGCAUUACUUUAAAUUUAAAGUAGAAUGUUUAUGAUUAUCAUGAUUAAAAUAUUAUCUAAGACAAUUAAAAUAAUUCAGUGCAAAAAAGCCUUAAUUAUGAUCAAUAUUCAGAAGUUUCUUUUUCUAAACUAAGCCAAUCUUCCAAAAAAAAUUUAUUUACAGAUUUAUAAGAACAACCUUAAAAUCUAAAAAAGUAAAAUAAUAUAUUUAAUUUUGAAAAAAUACUUUGCACAAAUUAAAGAGAGCAACAAAGAAAAUAGAUAUCUGAAACUAAUGUUGACAUAUCUAAAAUUUAAAAUGAAAAUAAUUAAUCAAAUGAAAUUUAAAAUGCUACUUCAAGUAUUUAUUCAUAAUUUAUUUAAUCUUAAUUUUAGUAAUAAAAUCAAGUUGAAAUACCUUCUAAAAAGCUCUAUGAAGUAAUAUCUUAAAGAUUUGAAAAUAGAGAAAGUGACAAUCGAAAUUAUUUAAAUAAUUUUGAUAAAUAAAAGUAGAAUUACUUUGAUGAUUCAUUAAAUUAAGAGAAGGAAAAUCCUAAAAGCAUUCAACUAAAAAGUAAAAUAAGCAAAAAAGCUCUAAAAAUAAAGACAUAUUAAUAAAAAAGCAGUAACACCUUUAAUACAAAAAAUUUAUCAGAACAAAUAAAAAAAAGAAUGCAUAUCUAAUAAAAAAAUAAUUUCCAUUUAAGAUAAGAUUAAACAUAAGUAUAAAAUAGUAUUGGUAAGUCUUAAAAUACAUCUGAAGUAUAAAAAAGCGAUCAGCAAGAAGGCAAUUAAUCUUUUUAAUUAGUAAAAUUUAUAAAUAGCUUCAAACAAAAUAAAUUUAAUUAAAACUGA